GGGCCGGGCCGAGCCCAGCCCGCCAUGCCGAAGCGGUCCUGUCCCUUCGGGGAAGCGGCCCCACUCCAGCUGAAAACCCGCGUGGGGCUGCGGGAGCUGAGCCGCGGCGUGCGGGGCGAGGAGUACAGCCGGGAGAUCUUCGAGAGGACCCGGCGGCUGCUCUUCAGGGGUGCCCAGGCAUACAUGGAAGGCGCUUGGCCCGCCAGCCCCGCCGCCGCCACCUGCGCGCUCAGCCGCUCUCCGGAGCCGGGCGGAGAGGCCCAGGACGGCGGGGCGGGACGGAGCUGGAGCGGGCAGCUCCUCAUCGGCCAUGACGGGAAACUGCUGAGGCGUUCCGCUGCCACCGAGACUGUACCGCCCGUGGGAGUGUCCAAAGCCUGUUCCUCGUGUGUAAGAACCGCGGGUGUCAAGGAAGCGUGUACGCAGUGUGAUCAGUUUGUCUGCCACAACUGCAGCAGGCUCUGCAGCUGCUGUAACGCAGUUACCUGUGCCUUGUGCUCCACUAUCGAUUAUGGUGAUGUUGGAGAGCAAGUCAUCUGCAAUGGUUGUUCAAUAUUCCAGGUCUGAAACUUGAUGAAAUAGUCUUUAUGGCUAAAGUGUCUGUAAAUUUCAUGAAGUCUUCUCCUUCCAGAUGAUCAAUUAAUCCUCUUAGCAUGUGAAUUAAUUAUGGAAUUUCUAUGUUUUAUAUCUAUUAUUGUACUUUUUAAUAUUGUAGCUAAAUAAACUUUUAUAUUUUGACAAUUU